AUGAGUAGAGGUAUCUAUGAUGAGCAAAUUAAUUAUACAAGCAUAAUUAUGUACAUCUAUAAAUAAACAUCAGAUCUUUCAGCAGUCAAAACUCUGGAAAAUGUGAGUAUAAAACGGUCAGGAAUAUUAAGAAUUAUUAUGCCGAAUAAAUUUUUUGCUGUUUCUGA